CCGGUUCGACGGCGCUUCCUCCUCUAGCCUGGGCGAAAAGGCACCGGCGCUCCGAGGCGCAGCUCUGCUUCCUCCUCACGUCUUCCCCGCCCUGUGCCUGGGGGCAAAGGGUGUGGCGGAGAGAGGCGCGGACGGGCGUGCCGAGAAGACGGAAAACGACGGGGCCCGAGGCAGGACUGGGCAUGCCCUUUCUUUCCCCCUCUAGCCGGAGCAGUUGCCGGGGCGUCCGAGGGGUGCCUGGCACUCUGCGAUUCUUCCCUCCCCUUGCGGGUGCCCUUUCGGCCGGCUGCGCGCCGUCGAGCCCCAGCCAGCGACGCCAGGCCGGAGGAUGAGCGGCUGCAACCCGGACAAAGAGGACGAGCAGCGCGGCUCCACCGGCUGCAAAAUGGAGCUUCUCUCCGAGGAGGAAGUGGCCGUCGCCGAGCUAGACUGGGAAGCGGCCAAGGCUGCCUACGAAAGCCUCGCCUCCACUAAAAGACCCCGGCCCCCCAAACCCCAAAACGCCAUCACCAUCGCUGUUUCCUCCCGGGCUCUCUUCGAUAUGGUGGAAGAGAGGAAAAUCUACGAGGAGCAAGGCGUGGAAAAGUAUGUGGAGUAUCAGCAGGCAAACGAGAACGUCACCCUGAAGCCCGGCCCAGCUUUUGCCUUGGUGAAGGCAGUUGAGCUGGUGAACGCCCGACUCCGUGAGCUGUAUCCAGACGAUGAAGAGCUCUUUGAUAUUGUGCUUAUGACUAAUAACCAUGCUCAAGUCGGUGUCAGACUUAUCAACAGCAUUAACCAUUACGGCCUGCUAAUUGAAAGGUUCUGUAUGACUGGAGGGAAGUCUCCCAUCGGGUACCUAAAAGCGUACCUUACGAAUCUGUACCUUUCUGCUGACUCUGAAAAAGUUCAAGAAGCCAUAGAAGAAGGAAUUGCUGCAGCCACAUUGUUCACUGGGAAUAAGAACGUCCCUUACGAUGACAAGCAACUCCGAGUAGCCUUUGAUGGAGACGCUGUUCUGUUUUCUGACGAGUCUGAAAUAAUUGUGAAAGAACAUGGCCUGGAUAGGUUUUUUGAGCACGAGAAACUAAAUGAGAAUAAGCCUCUGGCACAGGGUCCUUUGAAAGGUUUCCUGGAAGACCUUGGACGAGUCCAGAAGAAGUUCUACGCGAAGAACGAACGGCUAGAUUCGCCAAUCAGAACGUAUCUGGUGACUGCCAGAAGUGCCGCCAGUUCUGGGGCCAGAGUGCUGAAGACUCUCCGCAGCUGGGGAGUGCAGAUCGAUGAAGCCCUCUUCCUCGCAGGGGCACCUAAGGGACCAGUCCUGGCCAAAAUCAGACCUCAUAUUUUCUUUGAUGAUCAGAUGUUUCACAUAGAGGGAGCACGGCAGCUGGGUACGAUUGCUGCGCACGUGCCAUAUGGCAUUGGGCAGAAGUACCACAAGUCCAAGCUGAAAGACAGCCCUGCCAAAAAUUAAAGUUGCUUUUUUUUAGCUUAGCCUUGAAUGCGGUGUUGAGUCUGAAAUUUCCAUUCUUGGACUUUUAUCAAGGUUUAUAUUUAAGUGUGACCUCCAGUUUCCUGAUCUAUUUUUAGAGGAGAUAUAUAUUUUUACUAUAAAUAUAUAUUUUGGGGAAAGUUGAAAUACUUGCAUAUACACUCCUUAAACGGAUUGGGUUUUAGUCGACCUUUCUAACUUGGGCUCUUUGGCUAUUGGGAAAUAUUACCAUUGUAAUACUUAAAUCA